AUGGAGAAGUGGCGAGCAUGGGCCGAAGCAGCCGAACUGAGGGAGGUGGCUGGAGCGACUAACUACUGGGUGUUCGUUAUUAGCGCUAUCGCUGGCAUCGUGGCGUGGGUGGUAACCACUCCUUUGAGGAACGUCUCGUGGGCGUUCCUAGACAGCGUCGUUGACAACGGAAGAGCAGUCUACUUCUUCGCGUACACCUGUGGUGAUAGGUAUCUUGAAGCUGCGCGGAACGCGAACGCCUUGGCACUACCUCCGUUGGAGUAUGCGUGUGCUCUGAUCUCGUUGGCGUUCCUGAUUCCUAUCGCGGUGCUGCAAGAUUACGAGACGCAGUACAACUACUCUGGGUGUCUACUUGCAAGUACGUGUGGCGUCCCAGAAGUGGUUGCUG